AAAAAUCUAUCGCUGAGUGCUGAACUUUUAUUUUGAAACAUUAUUGUGUGUUGCCCGAGUCUUCCGCGAGAACACGGUGUCUGCGUUCACGCGCGCACGGUUUUGAGCGCUAGUCAGAGAAGCGCGCGAGGAUUUCAGAGGCGGUGCCGCUGCCCGUGAGGACGCAGAAUGCAGACCAUUAAGUGUGUGGUGGUGGGCGACGGGGCGGUGGGCAAGACGUGCCUCCUCAUCUCCUACACCACCAACGCCUUUCCCGAGGAGUACAUCCCCACCGUGUUCGACAACUACAGCGCUCAGAUGAGCGUGGACGGCCGAACGGUCAGCCUCAACCUGUGGGACACGGCGGGCCAGGAGGAGUACGACCGCCUGCGCACGCUCUCCUACCCGCAGACCAACGUCUUCAUCAUCUGCUUCUCCAUCGGCAGCCCCUCGUCCUUCGCCAACGUGCGGCACAAGUGGCACCCCGAGGUGUUGCACCACUGCCCCAGCGUGCCCAUCCUGCUGGUGGGCACCAAGCGGGACCUGCGCUCGGACGCGGAGACGCUGAAGAAGCUGAAGGAGCAGGGCUUGGCGCCCACCUCUCACCAGCAGGGCGGCGCUCUAGCCAAGCAGAUCGGCGCCGUCAAGUACAUGGAGUGCUCUGCGCUGCUGCAGGAGGGAGUACGGGAGGUGUUCGUGGAGGCCGUGCGCGCCGUGCUCUACCCCGUUACCAAAAAGAACGCCAAGAAGUGUGUGCUCUUAUAGUCGGCCGCGACGGAGAUGAACUCGUAAAAACAAGCUGCGCAGGGGGCCCCGUUCUCUUCUCACGCUCUUGCUCUUUCUCGCUUGACUUCUUCGUGUCUCAUUGCCUUGUAAAUCAGUCUGUUGAAAUUGCUUUUUUUUUUUUGUUGUUGUUGAUUAAUAACAGUUUGUUGCCAGUAGGGGUGCAACGAUAAAUCAAUUCGUGGGUUGAUUCUGCGAUUUUCUGCAUGCAUCGCGAUUCUCUCUUGAAUUGAUUCUGAUUCUUAGUUUUGAACAGCAGAUGGCACUGCAUGCUUCAGAAACGUGAGCGUUUGAAUGUGCGGUUUAAAAACUAGCGUAGAGCGCCAUCUGCUGUUAAAACUAAGCUCAGAAUAGAUUCCAGAGAAUCACGAUGCAUUCGGAAAUUUGCAGAAUCAAUCCAUGAAUCGAUUUUUCGUCGCACCCCUAGUUGCCAGGUCCACUCAAUGAACGAUACAUUAGAUUAGCGAAGGUCCGCAUCUGUCAGGAGCGUGUCGAGCUUCUACUGCCUUGACUCGCGGCGUCCUGUGCGUUUAGAUAAAUGUGCAAUAUAAUGAGGUCCACACAUCAGACUUACGUUUAUAGAUAUCCCAGCCAAAUCUCUGGUGUGCCUUCAGAUUGAUUUUUUUAAUGCGUGUAUUGUGUUUUCUCCAUAGCUUUGAUAGGUUCAUAGUAAUUUCAAUAGGUUGUGUAAAAUGGAUUGUUUGGGUUGCACUGUGAAAACUGCAGGAUAUAUUUCACUCCAAAAUCAGAAGAAAACACAUACUUUCCAUAAAGAAAUAAUCUUUUUAAGGAGCAUAAAGAUUUUUUUAAUGCGAAAAGUCUAUUAUUAUUAUUUUUUUAUAUACAUAUAGUACUACAAAUACUGAAAAGCUGUACAUUUCCAAUUAUAUUUUACAAAUGCAAAAUGUCUUAACGGUCCAAAACUAGAUAUUUUUAAUGCUAAAUAUAUUUCCUUAGUUGUGAUUUUGGGGGUAAAUGUGACCCUGAAGCUUUGUUCGAUUAACCCAUCAUCCUGAGAAUCGUGCCUUAUGUGCUUUUUAUAUAAAGGGAUGCAUCCCGCUGCUAAACAAGUGUUAGUACUGUUGUUGCGAUGGCAGAUUCAAGCAUUGGCCCGUAUUUUCCUCUUCAGAGACUGUUAAUCAGGUUGCUCUGCAUGCCUUACUGGAGCUCACCAUUAAGCCUUGUUCGAGUUACUCUUAUCUGCCUCCAUGAGAGUCGCUGCUCAUUUAGCGAAAGCCUCGCAAGCACCGAAACGCUGAUGAGUCUUUCCAGCCCGAAGGCAUGCUGAUGCACCAGGGGCCAGAGUACAAACCCUGCGAAGAUCUCAUGUCUCAUUCGAAGGCAGUUGUGUGGGUUUAUAUUAUUGAUAACCAACAAGUUUUAUUUUUGGUUGUGCAUGUUCAAUAAAAGGCCCGAUGUUGUCCGUCAUGUUACCCAACAACACGGCCCGCUGUAUUUCAACAUCCUCAUCUCACGCGCAUCAGCAUUUAAAGAUAGGAGAUGAUUUCCAGUGUUGCGGUUGUUAUAGAAGUGUCUCUGCAUCUCGGUGAAUAUAAUGGUCGCUGAUAUGUGUGCUUAGCUUUCAGAACUGGAAGUCGUGGUUAAAGAUUUUGCAAAACUGACGUGUGUGGAAACCUGUGACUAGACAGCCAAUGUUUUAUAACUGACACAGUCAUAUAUUUUUUAAUUGCCUUGUGUUUUUAACUUCUUGCUUUUUCUGAACUGUCUGCCAAACUUGGCCAAAGAGUGCCUUUGGAUACAAAGAUGUGUUGUGGAGUAACUGGACUCAUGCAUGUUAACGUUUGAGUCAGCAAUCACAAUGUUUCUGUUGUUAAACCAGGACAGUGUCUAAUUGUUCCUUACUUUUUAAAUUCAAUGGCCAAACUGGAUGCAAGUGUUGUGCUGUGUAAGGGAACUGAAAUCUGUGCAAACGCUGAAAUCACUAUUAGGUGUGCCGCUGGUGACUGACGAGUGAUUGUGAGAGUGAACUGCUUUCUGUUUCAUCUUUCAGAGUAAUAGUGCGUGCUGUCUGUGUCUAUGGUAUGUGGUACUACAUAUAUACACUGGGAACUCGAUUUUUGUCAAAAUUGCCAUUUUAUAACCAAAAUAAAUUGUAUAAAUGAACUAAUCGUGAAAUUAUUUAAAAUGAUGGUAAAUAAAUUUUUACACUCUU